ACGUCACUUAAAAAAUGAAUUCGUGCUGCCUUAUUCCAUCUCGUUUAAUUCGUCAAAUGUUGGCAAUUUUUUGGGAGUUGAGUUCUGAAGGACUGUACCAAAGUUCAGGAAAAGAAAAAGAAAGUUGUUGUCCUGUGUUCCCGUCCUCGACAAAACGUGAAAUUAGGCACUUUCACGUCGUAGUCGUGCAACGACGGCUAAGAAAUGUACAAAAAAGCGUGAUGCACGUGCAGAGUUGUUGCUUUGCAAAUCUAAACCUUUUUCAUUUUGCCGUACUCGUUGCCGUCACCGUCGUCGUUGCUUAAGCUCCCCAGCUCUCUGAACUCGGACACCGUCCAUUCUCGUCAUUUCCAACUUACUUUCCCUACUUUCACUUGGUAUGAGGGCGAUUGUAAUGGCACCUGAGCUAACCAUGAGGUACUUCAUUUAACU